CACAUCCACACAAUUAGCUGCAUCAUUUAUUCAACUGGCCUGCAGUGCUCUAUAAUACAGCAAACCGAAAAUAGGAAAAAAUAAUGUAUUUGCUCCAUAGGCUAAACAUGAGAAAAAUGGCGCCAUCUGGUGGAAAAUAUUUAAAAAAUUACAUUUUGAAGCCAGGGCUCCAGAAUGAAAGCAUAUUGGCAUUGGGAUCAAAUAUUGCAGUUUGAAUGGGUUUAUUUUUGUCCUUAAGGUCCUGAGUUUAACUACACAGUGUAUUAUAGAUGUAGCCUAUUAUAGGAACUGAGGCUGAAAUAUUAAAAUUCCCCCCAAAAUACACACCUUUGGCUAAAUGUAUUUCAUUAACAUGUUUAUUGGUUGUAGUGAGUCAUGAGCUGCGCACAUCAGAGCAUGCACUCCCGAAACUCCACCUCACUCACUAGUUGUGGUCGUUGCCCUUCUCAUUUGGAAGUCAUCAUGGGUUGUGCGUAAAAGUUCCACUUUACAAUAAGUAUGGAUCCUAAUUCUUCGCUGCUAUGAUAUUUUCAUUGCCUUAACAAAUACACCUCAAACAGCACUUAAUAACCCCAGGGAGGAUAAUACAGAAAAAAAGAAAGGUUUUAUGGCGUCACACACGAAAAACGACAGUUGCCAUGAACGCCUCAACGUCUCUUACGGAUCUCCCACAACGUCUACGAUCAUGUUUACGGCCGGUGUCCUUGGCAAUGUAGUCGCUUUAAUUCUCUUGGAAAUACGGCGGAGGAAGCAAACCGCAUCCCUGUUCCAAGUCCUCGUCACAUCUUUGAUCAUUACAGACUUGCUGGGAACUUUCUCCGUCAGUCCUCUGGUGAUUACCGCGUAUUUGAGGAACGAGUCGUUGCUCGGGUUGAGCGGAAACUCAUUGGUUUGCGCGCACUUCGGUUAUGCGAUGACAUUUUUCAGCCUUGUCACACUGGCCAUUCUUCUCUCCAUGGCUGUGGAGCGCUGGCUAUCCAUAGGGCAUCCCUACUUCUACGAAAAGCGUUUGAGUAAACGUUGCGGGUACAUCGCCAUCACUCUCAUAUACCUGGUUGGCGCUCUUUUCUGUGUCACACCUUUCCUCGGGUUUGGGAAGUACGUUCAGCAUUGCCCGGGGACGUGGUGCUUUAUUGACAUGGACCCACCUGAGCGUAUAAACAAAGUGUUCAAUAUCAUCUACGCGUCGUGUUUGCUUGCUAUGAUCGUAUGUACGGUUUUGUGCAACGUGUCUGUAAUCUAUCAUCUUUUACUCAUGUAUCGAAGACGCAAAGCGAACCGGAGCUCUAUCCGACGCCUGCGGGGACACAAGAGGCAACGGUCAAUCACGAAGGAGGUAGAACAUCUGGUGCUGCUCGGGUUCAUGACAAUCGCCUUCGUCAUUUGUUCUCUUCCUCUUGUGAUUCAAGUUUACAUUCACACCAUCUUCAACCUUGAAAGUCACAAAAAGGAUCUUUUAGCCCUUCUUUUUUUAUCGGCCAACCCCAUCAUAGACCCCUGGGUGUUCAUCAUCCUCAGUCCCCCUGUGCCUCGCCUGCUCUGGCACAAGAUGUGCAAGACUGCAAAGUCCAAACCCACCCAAGAGAAGCUCCCUAGGGUUCAACCAGCACCAUGUCAGUCAAGCCCACCUGAAGGUCCAGAAUUAGUAAAUUUGCUGAAAGUUUACACGGGAAUUCCAGGAAAUGCUGGCUCCUGAUCCCUAAACCACUUUGAUUUUGUGGGAAGGAUUGUGGAGCUAUUGCUCAUCCAUAAAUUGAAAAUCAUGGAUGCUAAAGAUCCAGGUCCAAGAGGUCCAGAGAUGUACUGUCACUGGCAAUCUGAAACAGAUGGAUCCACCGUAUGCAGUGUGUGGUGUGGCACCAAUGUAUUGUGUAGAAUACAAAAGAUAAUAUUUUUUUAGCAAGGCAAAGUUUGUUAUAAUUAUUUAUUGUCUUUAUUUAUGGAAAGUAAAAAAAAAAUCACAAGGAAACCUUUAUUUUUUGAUUGCUAUGUACUGCAAAUAAAUAGCCUACAUUUACAGAUUGACAUGAUGACCCAUCUUUCAUGUUUAAACUGCAUGGAAAAUCCUGUUAUCUCUUUCUGUGUAAUUUUAUGCAUCAUCACUUUUCAAAUAUGCAUUCCAUUGCAAAUAUAUACAGGAUAAAUUCGUGUCACAGCAAGUCAUAGCUAAUUGAGAAAGAGCUUGAAUAAACAGCAAAACAAUAUUACAGCAUCAUGACUAAUGACCGUCAUUUGCAGAGGGAAGUUGAACAGCAGAGUAAGGUAAAAACACUAUAAUUUCCCCAGCAGAUGUUAGACAUUCUUGUCUUGAGCAACAUUUGAAAAAAUUAAACCCCACACAUUUUUAUGACCCUUCAUCUUACGAUUUACAACCAUGAUUCAAGGUCAAGUUUCACCAAAAAGAAAAGAAAAAAGCCUUGAGAGCCAGUUUUUAUAUUGUUUUUAAAUUGCCAGUAUGCAUCAUCAGACAUGACUACUCACCAUGACUACUUCAUUUUCUCACCCUCAUGCCAUCCCAGAUGUGCAUGACUUUCUUUAUUCUGCUGAACACAAUGGUGGCCAGAACUUUAAAGGCCCAGAAAGCACAUAAAGGCAAUAAAUAAGUAAUCCAUACAAUUCCAGUGGUUAAAUUCAUGUCUUCAGAAACGAUUUGACAGGAGUGGGUGAGAAACUGUUCAAUAUUUAAAUCAUUUUUUACUAUAAAUUCUCCUCCCUGCCCAGCAGGUGGCGAUAUGCACGAAGAAUGUGAAUCGCCAAAAUCAAAAGAAGAAGAAUGUGAAAGUGGAAAUUGAUAGGACAAAAGGACAUAAAUAUGUAUCUGUUUCUCACCAACACCUGUCAUAACGCUUCUGAAGAUAUGGACUUAACCACUGUAGUCUUAUGGAUUACCUUUAUGCUGCUUUUGUAUAAUUUUUGGACCUCUGGCCGCUAUUUGCUUGCAUUGUAUGGAAGCUGAGAUAUGUUUCUAAAAAUCUUUUUUUGUGUUCGGCAGAAGAAAGAAACGCAUCUGGGAUGGGAUGAGGGUAAGUAAAUGAUGAGUGAAUUUUCAUUUUUGGGUGAACUAUCCCUUUAAGUGGUUUUUACAGCAUGUUUAGGUAAUCAGAACCAGUAUUCAGAACUUGGUAUUCGGAGGCCUGAAUGGUAUUUACAGAAUUUUUCUUAAACUUCACCAGCAUUGAACAGCUGGCAUUUCAUUUCCUAGUUUAUAGUAAUUCCAUUACAUUGACACAUUCAGACAUCUGAAAAUGCAGAUCACUGUUUAUGUAGGCUCUAUACUGUUUAAUGACCUGAGAAAGCCCGUGGUUGCUCAAUUUGCUGUGCUUUUCCCAUAAUACACAUCAGCUCGUGUGUAAAACACAUAUGCUUUUAAUUGCAUGCAAUUUCCUGAUCUGUAUCUAAUUCUUCCCUAAUGGUCUACAUCUUUGUGUUUUGUUUUAUCUUUAUUUGUAUGGCAUGUAGUGCAUCUCAGACUUAUUAAAAAGUCACGGAUGUCCUGUUGUUGACCUUUGUGGGCACAGGGCUUUGCCAAACUUUGGCAGGACAGGACAGAGUGCAUGUGUUUAUUUAACAUGUGUUCUUUUAAUUGGACAUUUGGAAAAGGAGGGAGAGAUGUCCUUAUAAGGCAAGACCUCAGGGAAACAUUUAGCUAUCCAUCUGGCCAUAUAUUAUAUGUCUAUUCUUUGGUCGCUGUAAUGUAGUUUGCAGAGACUCCCACAGCACAGUCAGAGAUGUGAUUUCUUUGAUGAAGGUAUAUGCCUGAAAUCUAGCUUUUAAAGCAAUUUGUCACAGAUGGAUUGUGGAUAUCUGAUCUGAAAACAUUUUCUGUCCUGUGUAUUUUUCUUUGGUUGAAUUGUGCCGGUAUUAACUGCAUUUGGACAUCCAGGCUACAGAGAAUCUGCUUGGGUCCUGAGGUCUGAUAUAUAUAUAUAUAUAUAUAUAUAUAUAUAUAUAUAUAUAUAUAUAUAUAUAUAUAUAUACAGUAUAUAUAAAAAAUGGAAGGUGAAUGCGAACGAUUCGUCACUUAAAAGAUUUGUUGAUCCCACUUUAUAUUAGGUGACUUUAACUACUGCAGUGAAAAGAAAAAGUAUAUGAACCCUUUGGAAUUACCUGUAUUUAUGUAGAAAUGUAUCUUAAAAUCUGGUUUGAUCUUCACCUAAUUUACAAUAAAUAAAUACACAGUCUGUUUUAACUCAUAACACACAAAUUAUUGCAUUGUUCUUGUGCAUAUUGAAUACAUCAUUGAAACAUUCACAGUGUAGUUUUGAAAAAGUAUGUGAACCCCUAGGCUAAUGAAGUAUACAAAAGCUACUUAGAGCCAGUUGGCAAACCUGGAUUCCAGUUUAUGAAACAAGAUUGUAGGUGUGGGUUAGAGCUACUUUGACUUAUAAAAAGCACUCAAAAAUUUUGAGUUUGCAGUUCACUAGAAGCUUCUGCUGAUGUGGACCAUGCCUUGCAAAAAAGAGAUUUCAGAAGACCUACGAUCUAGAAUUGUUGCUUUGCAUAAAGCUGGAAAGGGUUACAAAGUUAUCUCAAAGAGCUUAGAUAUUUAUGUGUCUACAAUCAGACAAAUUUUCUAUAAAUGGAGACAAUUUAGUACUGUGGCUACUCUCCCUAGAAGUGGCCGUCCCACCAAGAUGACUCAAAGGGUACACCUUAGAAUGCUCAAUGAGGUAAAAAAGAACGCUAUAGUGAAAUCAUUGAAACUUGUUAACAUCUCUGUUCAUGAAUCUACUAUACUGAAAACAUUAAACAGUCAUUGUGUCCAUUGCAGGACACCAAGAAGGAAGCCGCUGCUUUCCAACUAAAACAUUGCUACAUGACUGUUGUUUGCCAAAGACCACCUUGACACUUCACAAUGCUACUGGGAAAAUGUUUUGUGGACUGAUGAAACUAAUGUUGAAUUGUUUGGGAAGAACACGAAACAAUACGUUUGCCACAAAAAAGAAAAAAAGGGCACCGCAUACCAGCAUGAAAACAUCAUCCCAGUACAGUGAAGGAAGCAUCAUGAUCUGGGGCUGCUUUAGGGCCUGGACCGCUUGCCAUCAUGGAGGGAAAAAUGAUUUCCCAAGUUUAUUAAGAUAUCCUACAGGAUAAUGUAAGGGUGGCUAUGUGACAGCUGAAGCUCAGUAGAAGUUAGGUGAUGCUGCAGGACAAUGACCCUAAACAUCAAAGUAAAUCCACUACAGAAUGGCUUCAAAAAAUUAAAAUCCACCUUUUGGAGUGGCCCAGUCAGUGCACAGACCUUAUCCCAAUAGAGAAGCUGUGGAAUGACCUCAAGAGCCAUUCACACCAGACAUCCUAAGAAUAUGGCUGAGCUGAAGCAGUUCUGUAUAGAAGAAUGGUCCAAAAUUCCUUCUGAACAUUAUGCAGGUUUAAUCCGCAGCUACCGGAAAUGCUUGAUGAAACUAAUGUUGAAACAAUUCAACAUUAGUUUCAUCAGUCCACAAAACAUUUUUUGAGGUUAUUGCUGCCAAAGGUGGAUCGAUCAGUUAUUAAAUCCAAUGGUUCACUUACUUUUUUCACAGCAUUGUGAAUGUUUAAUGGGAUGUGUUCAAUAAGACAUGAAAGAUUAUAAUUGUUUUGGUGUUGUUAGCUUAAGCACAUUGUGUUUGUCUAUACUUGUGACUUUGAUGAAGAUGAGAUCACAUUUUACGUCCAACUAAUGCAGUAAACCAGCAAAUUCCAAAGGGUUCACAUACUUUUUCCUGCCAUUGUAUAUACUUAAGCAUUUGAUACAAUGUACUUAUUAUGUACAUACUUGUUGUUGGAUUGUACUUGCAUUUAACCUUUUCAUGAGUAGUGUCUAAAUUCCCCUGAAGUGCCCCCUGGAGUGAGUUAUUUUUGCACGUGACACUGCACAGCCGGUAGAGGUGGACAGAGGGUAGAUGAGUAUUUUUGUAUUUAUUUUAUUGUAAUGUUUGAUUUCUUGUCAUAAAAAUAAAAUAAAAUACUGUCUAUAAUAUAGUAGAUGUGAACAAAUGGGUUGUCUGCUGUUAUGUAUUUGUUUUAUUUAUUUCAUUUUUAUAGCUGUAAAAAGCAAAUGAACAAAUAAUAUUAGCAGUCUGGUUUGCCUAUAUGCACUGUUUGACUUCUCAGACAUUGUGUGUAUGUGUGUGUGUGUGUGUGUGUGUGUGUGUGAGACAAGCGCUAAUGUAAACAGACUUGGCUGCAUGCAUCGGAUAAUCACGCUCGACAGCAAGUUUUCACUGUGAGUAUACGAGUUUUAAACUGUCAUGGUGCUCUUUGGCUGCUGUUUCAAAAAACAAACAUAUUAUAUGCCUGAAAAGACUGUUUGAGUUGCUGUUUGUGUGAAUGAAAACCGCACCUACACCUAAUCAGUAGAUGUGGCUGCGUGGAUGUGAAGAUCGUGUUUAGAUAUGAUAUACAUGUGCAUAUACAAGCUGUUAACUGUUAUCGUGGUACUUUGGUGACAAUUAGGCUGUUUGUUACAUAAAAUAAACAUAUUAUGUGCUUGAAAAUACUCUUUGAGUAGCUGUUUGUUUGACGAAUGACAACCACUAUUAAUGUAAACAAAUGGCAGCACGCAUCAGAGGAAGAUUGCGUUUGAUGUAUUGACUGUGCGUAUAAGAGCUGUAAACUUUUUAUCUCUGUACUUUG